AUGCUGGAAAAGGUUGUGACGCUUCAUAGAUAUGCUAAAGCAGCAGCGAAUGUAGAUUAUCCGGCAUAUGGUGUCACAGGUCCAAAUAAAGAUUUUUCACCAACUUCCGGUGAUAGAAGAUUAGCACAGUCCGCCCAAAUGUAUCAUUAUCAACAUCAGAAACAGCAAAUAAUUGCGAUGGAAAGCGCAAACAAUUCCGGAAGACGUUGUUCCAUUUCCGAUGCGGAAAGCGAAGAAGAAAACGAAGAAGGUGAUUAUACAGUUUACGAAUGUCCUGGAUUAGCACCGACUGGAGAAAUGGAAGUGAAAAAUCCACUUUUUCAAGAUGAAAAAACAUCGGAUAACGUUAAAACAACGGAUACGGAUAAAAUGAAUGAGAGUCGGGAAGUUAAAUAA